UAACAACUUAAGAGCGCGCGUGCCAUGGAAAAUACUAUUUGUAUCAUAUCAGACUGACCGAGUGAGUGAAGUGGACGUGCGUGGAUCCUGCAAACCUACGCGUAAAAAUGCCGACAUAACAAUAAUAAAAAAAUCCGUAUAUAGAUUAAAAAAUUAAAAUUUUAGCGCACAUAGUCAAGUUAGUUUUUCGUAAUUAUGGAUGAAGCUUUCGCUCAUGUCGAAGGUGGUGUCAUCAGGAAUAAAAGGGGGCUAAUCCCCCCUGAUGGUGGUUGGGGGUAUGUUAUCGGACUCGGAGUGGGGUUUACAUUCAUGCUUGGUUUUGGUUCCUCUAACGCUUUUGGCAUCCUGUUCAAUGACUUCUUCUUAGAGCAGGAUGGCGCUAGUGGGUUGCCUCUAGUCAUAGGAGUUUACAAUGGAGCACUCUCUUUUGCAGGGUUUCUCAGCGGUAUUGCCUUGAAGAAGUAUUCGUUUCGUCAAGUGGGGUUAUUCGGAGCGGCACUCUUCGUUUUAGGAGAUGUCCUCACUAUAUUUGUACAGAAAACAUAUCAACUUGCGAUUACUUUCGGAGUCAUUAGGGGGUCAGGGUUUGGCGUCAUGAUCCCCGUUAGUUUUACCGCCUUCAACUGUUAUUUCACGAAAAAACGAACGGCCAUGAUGAGUGCGAACCAAACCAUGAGUAGCAUGGCGUCCAUAACCUUUCCGAUGUUGGUAACCUUCCUACUCUCGGAAUACGGGUUCAGGUGGACCCUGGCUCUAAUCAUGGCCAUAGAUCUACAUCUAGUCUUCGCAAUGUUAGUAAUGCAUCCAGUGGAAUGGCAUUUGAUUAAGUCUGGAGAACCAACAUCUGAGACAGAAUUACCAUUAAAAUGUGAUGUCCUUAGUGUUAGAAAAAUACACAGUGAUAAUGACGAUUCCUUUGUAAAAAUGUUGUCAGGUGAUGUUGAAGAAAUUAAAGAAAAUAAGAAAAAUAACAGACACGAAUCCAUACAGAAAAGCAUAAUAAAAGUGAUUUGUGACAAUGUUGAAUUGGAUCUGUUAAAAGACCCAAGGUUUGUCAGUACAUUAGUCGGCAUCGGCUUCGCUUUUGUUUCUGAUGUUACUUAUCUAGCAAUGGAGCCUAUGUUGUUGUUCUCUUAUGGAUUUUCACAGAUGGAAGUAGCGACAUGCGUCAUGGUAGGAGCUCUAGCAGACUUACUGGCCAGAUUCGCAUUUGCUGUGUUCACGUAUUUCUUUGUCGUGGAUAGCAAGAAACUAUUCUAUAUUGGAACAUGCAUCACUAUACUUCUUCGGAUAGCCCUGGUGAGCUCCAGCGACCUCUGGUACGUGUUCACGGUGACAGCCCUGUCAGGGCUGGUCAGAUGUACUGUCCAAGUGUUGUUCCCUCUGGUGCUGGUGGCUGCUGCCCCUGAUAGAUUUCCAGCUGCAUUGGCCCUGCAUAUACUAUUCUCAGGGGUAUUAAUGCUGAUGGCUGACCCGCUUAUUGGAGUGCUGUAUGACGCUACUGGCAGCUACAUGUACUGUUUCCUGGCUAUGAGCAUCUGCUGCCUUGUGUGUAUAGUGCUAUGGACUAUAGAAUACAUAGUUUAUCGCGAAAAAAGAUCUUGAACAUCAUAUUGAAUACCUCGAUAAUUUAAAAUUCGAAUAUCAAAGUAAUUAAAUAAAAAUGUGUACGUUUCUUCUACUUAUGAAAGCUUAUGACCAUUUUAUACAAAUGUUAUUUAAAAUUAUGUUAAAAUGUGGUUGGUGUAGUGUGGUUUUAUAGCUUUUAUAUCUGUAGGUCACAUAUAUGAUAUAUGGAGAGAAAGAGAUAUAAAAACAAAAAUGUUCCUUUUGGUAGGUGUCUUAAACUUAGAACAUUAUAAGUUGGAAGUAUUUUUGUAUUGGAUUUUUGAAAGGCAGUAAAAAGUAAUAAAAAAACAAUAAGAAAUAAGAGAAAAAUCUUUCUAAGUAGGUACCUAAUUAAUGCAAGAUCGAUUUUCACCUACCCACAAAAAAAGUAAUAUGUACACUACUAUUAACUUUCAUCAAAAUGGAUCCGUUUUUGAGAUCUAUCUAAAUAUACAACUGUUGAUUAAUUUAUUAUAUGGCCUAGAAUUACAUAUCUAUACUUAGUAAAAUAUAACUUAAGUCCUAUAUGAAAGAUGUCAAAUAGUAUAUAAAUCUAUCAUCUGUCUCUGUCGCUCUCAUUUCCAAUGUAUCGGUUCAUCCUGCUUUCAUAUAACUCAAGUUAUAUAUAUUUUUUUAAACCAAUGAUACUACCUAUUUAAACUUAAUUUAAGAAAAAGUUCAGUUACUUACUGUAGUUUAAAUAUAAAAUGAAAGAGGACUUUUAUAAGGUUUACUUGUUUAUUAGCGUAGGUACAAACACUAACUCAUGCAAAUAUAUCGAGUGUAAAAAGCAAAUGUCUUUUUUUAGAAUAUUUAAUAUAUUUCCAAAGUUUAAAAGAAUAAAAGUAACGAACUUUAUUGUUUUAUAUUUUUUUGGAUAUGCAAUAAAAAAUAUAACAAAUGCUUUAAUUA